AUGUCUAUCGAAGUGGACGUAAAACUGAAAGUCGCGGUUCUCGAUGACUAUCAUGGCCUUCACAAGCGCUACCUCGGGGACCUCCUCGAUACCGUGGAGCUCACGUCCUUCCCAGAUACGCUCGCAUCAACGGCCGGCUCACAGCCGCUCGUAUCCCGACUCCGGCCAUUCGACAUCCUUAUCACCAUGCGGGAACGGACGCGGCUUUCUCGAGAGGUCAUCACGGCUCUAGCAGAGAGCAGCGGGAAGGGCGGAAAUCUGAAGGUUAUCCUUACGACGGGCAUGCGGAACCUGGGGAUUGACAAUGAUGCCUGCAAAGAGACAGGAGUGAUUCUCACCGGAACGCCGGCUAGAGCUUUACCAGCUGGCACACCCGCCUCAUUCAACCAGACCGUCCAGCACACCUGGUCCCUCAUCCUCUCCCUCGCUUCCAACAUCCCUCGCGAUAACGCCCUCCUCCCUGCUGGGCAGUGGCUCCAUGCCAAUCCACUCAACACCUUCCUCGCUGGCAAGACGCUCGGUCUGCUCGGUCUCGGCCGCCUAGGCAAAGGUACCGGCCGAAUCGCCAAGCUUGCAUUCGGGAUGCGGGUCAUCGCUUGGUCCGAGAACCUCAACCAAGAGAAGGCGGACGCGGCAGCGGUGGAGGUGGGACUGGAGAAGGGAGACUUUGAGGCGGUGAGCAAGGAAGAGGUCUUUGCUCAGGCGGACGUCCUGUCAGUGUUGCUGUUGCUGUCAGAGCGGACGAGGGGGGUGGUCAUCAAGGCGGAUCUGGAGCGGAUGAAGCCUACGGCUCUGCUGGUCAACACAGCGCGGGGACCGAUUAUCAAGGAGGCGGAUCUGCUGGAGCAUCUGGAGGCGGGGAAGAUCCGAGGAGCGGGCAUCGACGUGUUUGACGAGGAGCCGCUCCCGCUGGAUUCGAGAUGGCGGACGGUCAAGUGGGGUCAGGAGGGACGGAGCGAGGUGGUCUUGACGCCGCAUGCGGGUUACUCGUACGAAGGGGACUCAGGACUGGGGGCGAUGUGGGAGGGAUUGAGGGAGGAAUUGGGGAGGAUCGUCAAGGGGGAGGAGGUGAAGUGGAGAUUAGCGUAA